AUGCCUCCCACGAUCCAUCUCGUCCGCCACGCGCAGGGCAUCCACAACCUCUCGGUGGAAAACGAAUCUAUCCGCGACCCGGACCUGACGCCCCUCGGCGAGCAGCAGUGCGCCGACCUGCGGUCCGCGUUCCCGUCGCACGCCAGGCUCACCAGGCUCGUGGCUUCGCCGCUCCGAAGGACCAUCAAGACGUGCGACUUGGCCUUUGGGGGCCCCGACAGGCUCUACCCCAUCGUGCUGCUCGACACGCUGCAGGAGGUCUCUGACGCGCCGUGCGACACGGGAUCCAGCAAGGCCGCGCUGCGUGCAGAGUUUGGCGACAAGAUCGACCUGCAGCGCGUGCAGGACUCGUGGACGCAAAAGGGCGAGGGGAGCGCGUUUGAGCCGACCAUGGAGGCGCUCAUGGCGAGGGCCAAGAGCGCGAGGAGGGCGCUGAGAGAGAUGGCGGGCGAUGGAGACGACGAGAUUGCCGUGGUGAGCCAUGGCGGGUUUCUGCACUUUUUGACGGAUGAUUGGGAUGGCGUGCCGACAGACAGAGCCACUGCGUGGACAAAUUGCAUGUGUCGUUCGUACCAAUUUGCCGAGUCACCGGAUGACAAGGACGACGUCAGGCUUGUUGAGACAGAGGAGAGCUGGGCACGAAGACAGCCUGCGUCGAGACAGCCGCUUACUGCGACGGAGCAGAGGGAGAUUCGGGCCAUUGUCCAGAAGCGAAUGGUGCCGUAUCUGAAGAUCAAGGCAUGA